UAAAACUUGAAUAAAUAAUUAUAAAUUGAACAAGUCACAAUACCAAACAUGGCUUCUAACUACAGUGAAUUAUUCGAACAAUAUGAUGAAUGCUGGAAGGACGUCGAACAGAGAUGGAAAGCUGGCGAAACUAUUGAUAUGCACGAAUGCAAGGAUGUCAGUGAAGAAUUAGUGAACAAGACCAUCGCUGUUGUCAAAGAAAGGCAGGAAAAGGAAAUCCCUACUAUUGAUGAUGCAAGCAAUGAUCCUUUGAAUUACGGCAUUAAUUUAACAAUGGGUGCUUGGAUGAAGAAUUUAUAAAUAUUUUUU